CCCAGUGCUUUGUUCGACCUAUUUUAAAGCGCAACCGGCCUGUCGGCUAAAGUUAUGUACCGUAUUUCUAUUACUAGAUCUCAACACUUCGUCGGAAAGAUUAUUUAUCGGACUUAUCAUUAAUGACAGUCGACGAUUGACGUAGCUCGUAAAAUACUCCUUUACAAUGCCAGCUGAGGAAGGACGUAUUGCUCGCAAAUCCACGGUCUCUAAACAAAAUCGAAAACAAGUUCGCAGUGUACUAAAAAGCGAGAAGGUACUUCGUCGAUCAACAAGAAAACAGGUUGUAGAAGUAAUUACUCCACCUAUCUCUGCAAGGCUUAGAAGUGCUGGUACACGACAAGCAUUUGAAGAAACAAAUGUCAAGUUGGAUACCCUCCUUUUGAAACCGAAAGGUCGUAAAUCUGUUGCUCAUGUGAAUCAAAUAAAGCAGAAUGGUACACAUCUUGCUUUAUUAGUCGAAAGUAAUGGUAUACCUGAUGUAUUGAACAACCAUAAUCCGUCCACUGGUUCCUCGCAGAAUGGGACAGGAAAUGAAGUCUCAGAAACUCCUGUUCUACAACCCAUGACAAGCUCACGUUUUUGUAGCACCAUGUAGCAAUAUUCAUGAUUUUGUCCAGCUUUUUUAUACUUGUAUUUUAUUUUUAACAAAAUAUAUUUGUGAGUAUUUCAUUAACGUGUGUAACCUCGAUAAAUGAAGCAUAACGAGCGCAUGUGUAGAAGUUAGUAUGUUUGACUGUGCGUCUUUUAACUAGACAAGCUAAAAAAAGCUUUAAGGACUAGGCUUUCGUGUAGUUAGGUCAGGGUUUGAUAUCCUAUCGCAGUGUUUUCAGUAACUGCGACAAACGACGUAAGUGCCUUCGCAUGGCCGAGAGUGGGGUGGGCCCGCCCUCCCUCUCCAAAUGCUCUCACACGGCCACGCGUGUAUAGCCUUUGCCAGGGAAGUCCUAUACACUGCCUUCUCGUGGCGGGGAUGUUGUCUACGAAAAUGAGAGAACGAGAAGCGGAUGUCCGGCGCUUUAAUCGGGUCCUAAACUAAUGGUGCACAUGGACUCCAGUAUCCUGAGUAAACAAAUGGCGUAUGAACCAAUCGUUUGUCACCGGCUACCUUGAGACUGCAUCUCCUCACGAUGUUCCACUGCGUUGUGGGUCAGACCUCUAGGACAAAAGCUCGCAGUGUGGCCCCCUAAAAUAACCACCUGCUUUGGUCUGGGCAACCGGGCAGUAUCACAGCCCACACACAAGUAAAAUGAAGAUGACGAUAUUUACUGAGAAUUCUAUUAUCGCUUCGAUUUACAAUCAAACAAUUCACAUUAUGAUUAUUAUUAUUUACUAUGUAAUUUACUCACUUUUAUUUAUUUCCACUUUACGUAUCCUUAUUUUUCGACUCAUACAGCAGCUCGCUUAUGGUGGAAACUCGGUUCUAUAUAAACGUUCUCGAGUCACUGAAAAUUGUAUGCUACCACUAAGUGCGAAUACUGAAGCAGUUUUUCUGAAACCACGUGCACCAUUCAAACUGGCUGCCUUCAACGUUCGCACACUUAUGCAGGUCGGACAACAGGGCUGGCUAUAUCUUUGGAAAGACUUAAUAUCGACUUUUGUUGUCUAUCCG